AUGUUUGCUGGUCUGCGUAGCGUCAUCUCUAACGGCUGGCCGGUCAGGGCUCAAGAGACGAAGGAGGUUGUGUCCAUCCGACCCGACGAUAUCUAUACUCAACACUCGUCGGACCAAAACCCACAAAAGCUUUUCGAGAAAGCGUCGUCUUGGCUCACUAUUAUUCAGGAGAAGAGAAUGGACCAGGUUCAGACGGAACUGGUUCUAAAAGAGACACAGGAUACCUUGAUCAGAGCCAUAUUUGGCUCAAACAUGAUCGAACGGGCAGGACUUGGAUGGGAUAUCACCUUAAAUCUCUGCCGAAUUGUCUUUGCUGGAGAACACGUCGGGGACAUUCCCGAACGGACAUCCAAGUACGAGAACCAGCUGCUUGAUCUCCAAUAUCAGGAAGGAGACAACGAGAGUAUAGCUUCUCAGAAUUUCCACCGAGGCCGUCUGGAAAUCGUUCAGCACGCCAGAGCUUAUCAACACAUCCUUCAUCAGGUUGUCGUCAAGCAAGAUGACCUCACGGAGGACCUGAUCAAGGAGACACACCGAAUUCUCACCAGAGGCAUCCCCAUCGUGGAGAAAGGAUUCCCAGACGUUCCCCCAGAGAAGUAUGGAGGCAUCUACCGCAAAGUCCCCGUCGGGGCCGGCUCGACCAUGUUCACUGUUCCGCAACACGUUCCCGGCAAGAUGAGAGAGAUGUGCGACAAGCUAAAGGCCGACAUCGAAAAGGCUGAGAAGCAGAACUCGAUCGACCCAUUCUCGAUGUCAUCAAAAUACUCCCUAGAGUUUGUGCAGAUCCACCCCUUCCAGGACGGCAAUGGUCGGAUGUGCAGGAUGAUUCUCAACGCGAUCUUGGCCAGAUAUGCUGGCAUCAUCGUUCCUAUCGGCGAAAAAGUAGACGAGAUAACCGAGUACAUCAGUAUCAAGAGACGGGCAAGCGAGAGCAUGGAAGGUCAUGGAGAAUACGCGAUGUUCAUUUUGAAGCGAGCAGUCCCUCGCCUGCGAGAACUCAAGAAGAAACUUACCGGCAAAGGGAAAUCUGCUUAG